AGUCUUCUCUCCUAUGCCAAUCUCUCUAUAAAUGCUUUAUUAUAUGCAACUCUAUCAAAAGGAAGAAAAUCUUCAAACUUCUCUUCUCUUCUGUCAUUUGCCUUUUUUAAUGUUUUUGGCCCUUUUAAGUCAUCUUCUUCUCACCUUCCUCAUUCAGCAAGUUGGAUAUAUCCUAUAUAUUUCUUCAAUUUCUUCAACCCACACAACAAAAAACUUCUACACAGAGUAAAUAUAUUCUAGAGAAUCAGGUCCUUAGUUUUUUUUUGUUUCCCGGGACAAAGAAAGCAGCAGCUUCAAGAAGUUUUGUGUGAGAUUUUGGCAAAUUUUGAUCAUUGAUUUGAGCUAGCUAUGGAAUUUUCAAGCUUGAUUGAUACUUCAUUGGAUCUUAAUAUUAAGCCUCUCGGCCGGGUUCUGGAUGAUCAUAUCCUGGUAUGUACAUCCUAAGUCAAACGAAAAGUUUCUUCUUUUAUUCAUCAUCAUCAUCAUCAUCAGUCGAGAUUCGAGAAUUAUGAAGUAUAUUGAUGUUGUUUUUGUUACCUUUGAAUUGGGGUUUACAGAAACAAGAAGUCCAGAGCAAUUUCAUCGAGUUGGGACCAAAAUUGCCCGUGAAAGAAGAGACUGGUGCUUUAGUGGAGGAAUUGAACCGAGUGAGUGCAGAAAACAAGAAGUUAACAGAAAUGUUGACGGUGUUAUGUGAGAACUACAAUGCUUUGAGAAACCACAUCAUGGAAUACAUCAGCAAGAAUCCAGAGAAUAUUGAUAACAACAGCAAUAUUACUGAAUCAAGGAAGAGAAAGGCAGAAAGCACCACAAACAACACCGAGAAUGCCAACAACAAUAUCAUCACCAACAAUGAUGCAAACAUUGUUGUUAAUGGACCUUCAGAAAGCAGCUCAAGUGAUGAAGCAGGCUCCUGCAAGAAACCAAGAGAAGAACACAUCAAGUCUAAGAUUUCCAGAGUCUACUUCCGAACUGAAGCCAAUGAUACAAGCCUUAUUGUGAAAGAUGGUUAUCAGUGGAGGAAAUAUGGACAGAAGGUCACAAGGGAUAACCCUUCUCCUAGAGCUUACUUCAAAUGCUCCUUUGCUCCAAGCUGCCCUGUUAAGAAGAAGGUCCAAAGAAGUGUGGAAGAUCAGUCAAUUCUAGUAGCAACUUAUGAUGGGGAACACAAUCAUCCACAUCCAUCAAAGAUGGAAAAUUCAUCAUCAUCACAUUCACCUUCAAGCAGGUGUGUAGCAACUACAGCACUUGGGUCAGUUCCUUGUUCAACAUCUGUCAGCACAUCUGGACCAACAACAAUCACUCUGGACCUGACCAAGCCCACUAGCAGCAGUAAAAAGACGACGACCCAAUUAGUGGAAGAGGAAUCAAGAAAUCCAAAUCCUAAUCCAAAUCCAAACCCCAUGACUCGAGCACCAGAGUUUCAGAAGUUCUUGAUAGAACAGAUGGCAACUUCCUUGACUAAAGAUCCAAGCUUCAAAGCAGCCCUGGCGGCCGCCAUUUCAGGAAAAUUUCUGCAGAGUAAUGUGACAGAUCACAAGUGGUGAUGGGGUGUAUUAAAUUGUUGGUUUGGACCAUUUUAUUCAAAAGGGUUGUUGUCAAUCCUAUCAAAAAUUUGUCAUGUUAUGUGACUAGUUGAACCAUGAAGUGAACCCAUUGAUGUAUAUAUCAGUAUUCAGUCCAUCUACUUUAGAAGAAAAAAAUUUAAGGGGCCGGGAGUUUGGCUGGGCUGAUUCAAGUUAAAUCCAGCCGGCCAUUGAAUUAUGAAUAGAUUCUUAGAGGAGAAGCAGAUGUUUUAGUUUUAGUUGAUGAAGAUCGAAUGAAUUUUUUCUCUGUAAACUUUGCCCCAUGAAAGUUUUGAGUAGAUUAGUCAACGAAUGAAAUGAAUUUUCAUCUUUUUCUUUGUCAAAGACGAUUCUUUGGAAAAUGAUCCUAACAAAAGGACCCUCAUGACUAGAAGACUUGGCUAAAGUUACAAGCGAACAAUAAUCGAACACCAAAUCGGAACAAAGAAUUUCGGUGGCCCAUUGUUUUUAAAUCUUGAUCCCACUUUUUGUCACUGUUGAAAAAGUGGCCAUGAUGGAUUAAUCACUAGUCAGUUCGUUAUUUUUCCUUUUUAUUGAAC